GCAGCGGUGCGGCUCGCGCUCAUUCAGACCCCGCUACCAAAUACGACCAGAGCUCAAACGUUUAUACUCUUUUUAACAUUUUAAUUUCCAUUUCAACGGUUUUGUUUACAACGCAAACACAGUAAAGGUGUUCACUGCCGCUGACAGGACAGAGGACUUCCUCCCAACGCGAAGCUGAACGCAUGCGGUCAUUUAUUGUGAAAGUUGGAUUACAGCAGAGUCACUUGAACUGGGAGGACAUAUCAUCUGCCAGAUGCUGCCCAGAAGAUGAGCAGUAGAGAUUGGGCACAUCAGAGGAAUCCCGUGCUGUCAACGGCAUUGUGGCGAGCGUAGAUAAGCCCCCUUAUGAGGUGAGAACCCUUCCCCGCCCUGCAGUAUCCCCUCCGAACACCAACAGCAGGAAUAAGAGAUGUCACGGCUGUUCCUCUUUUCGGCAAUGCUGAUUGUCUCCUGCAGCAUUGAGGUGUCUCCUGCUGCUUCCUUGGAGAAGCUGAAGGAGAGUUGGAAGGUGUACAUGGAGGAGUGUGAUCGCAACAACAGCCGAGACCCGCCAAGCACCGGCCUCGUGUGCAACAGGGAGUUUGACAAGUACGCCUGUUGGCCUGAUGGACUCCCCAACACCACCGUCAAUGUGUCGUGUCCUUGGUAUCUGCCAUGGCACCAUAAAGUUCAACACGGCAUGGUGUACCAGGAGUGUGAUGCCAACGGCCAGUGGGUGACAAUGAAGAAUACCAGCGAGUGUGACGAGAAUGAUCCAAGUCUGCAGUACUACGGCCAUAUUUGGAUCAUGUACACUGUGGGCUAUUCCUUAUCACUGGUGGCUUUGGUGUUGGCGCUUGGCAUCCUCAUAUUCUUCAGGAAGCUGCACUGCAUGAGGAACAACAUCCACAUGAAUCUGUUUGCCUCCUUCAUCCUGCGAGCGCUGUCAAUCCUCAUCAAAGACGCGCUGCUGGAGGCCAACAUCACGUUUCAGGACCUCAGCAGUGACCAGGAGCAGGGAUUCCCACAGGCAUCUAUGCCUCCAGUGGAGCUGCUGGUCAACAAUGAGACAGCGGUUAACUGUCGCAUCGCCAUGGUGAUGAUGCAGUACAGUAUCAUGGCCAACAGCUACUGGCUGCUGGUGGAAGGCAUCUACCUCCACAACCUCCUGGUCAUCACUGUGUUCACAGAGAGGAACUACUUCAAAAUCUACCUGUGCAUCGGCUGGGGUACCCCGUUAAUAUUCCUCGUGCCCUGGGUGAUAGCUAAACACCUUUAUGAAAAUCAAGAGUGCUGGGGACAAAACAUAAACAUGAAUUACUGGUGGAUCAUCCGUUCCCCGAUAUUGCUGGCAGUUGUGAUCAACUUCCUUAUCUUCAUCCACAUCAUCAAAAUUCUCGUGUCAAAACUUCGAGCGCACCAAAUGAGAUACACAGAUUAUAAAUUCAGGUUGGCUAAAUCGACUCUAACCCUGAUCCCCCUGCUGGGCAUCCAUCAGGUGGUCUUUAUCUUUGUCACCGACGAGUCCACAAAGGCCACCAUCGGACUGCGUCUCACCAAGCUCUUCAGCGACCUCUUCUUCUCCUCCUUCCAGGGUCUCUUGGUGGCCAUCUUGUACUGCUUCGUCAACAAAGAAGUGCAGUCAGAAAUCCUGAAGAAGUGGAAGCGCUGGAAGCUCGGGAGGAACAUCGAGGAGGAGUACCGCCACACCUACAGCAAUACCCCCAACACCAAGACAGCGAGCCUGUUGAACCACGACUCCCGACUGCCUCAUCUCGCCAAGACCUCCUCCCCGGUCUGCAGCCCCGAGGAGACGCACAUGCUUGUGGCCGGAUGCCACAACGGGGUGGUCGGCAGUCAGGGGGCGUGUCAGUGCGCCUCACCCCUUCACGAGGGAACCAUCAGCAACUGCCCCCUACUGGAGGACAUCAGCCUUACGGACAAGGUGCAGUGUUACGAGGGUCAGCGAGAGAACGUGGAGAGCGACCUGUGAAAGGUGCAGGGGAAAAGAAAUGGAAGAGGAGAGUUGGAGGGCCUUAAGGCGUCAUCUGGCUGGGCUGAUAGGCUUAUCCGUCAGAGCGUUUCUUUGCCUAGAACCCGAUGUCACUGGGAGGCCAAGCGGCACUCAGCCCUCUCCACAGUCUGAGAAUGGAGAGUAAUACGGCAGACUCUCAUGCUGAGACGUCUAAUGUGAGCCGUGAGCCUCGUGAACGGAUUUCUGUCGAUGUUUGUCGGACAGCGAAAGGAACCGCUGCAUUUUGAAUAAUGCGGAUAAGCCAUGGAAAAUAAGAAAAGAACAGAAACCUCAAAUUGCAACAAAACAAGACGACAACAAAAAAGAAACAGAGUCAUUGCUUGAGCCUCUGCUUUACUUUUUUUUUGCUGUGUAUCAAAUGUGUGUUUUGUGGUACUGGAGGUUUCAGACAAACUGGACAUUGAACCUCCUCCUCCAAAAAAGAAAAGACCAAACAAGUGACUCAAAACAAAAUGGUAAGAAAAAUAAAAUGGUAUUUCUUCUUUGCUUUGCUCUGAUAUAUGUACGGUGUUUCUUGUCUAUAAUGACUGUGGUGAACAUGUAGAGAAAAAGAAGAAACAUUCUGCUGGCUGUAGCUCAUACAAGAAGGUGAACACAUUCAAGGGACAUUGGAAAUUGCUGGUCAUCCCUGGCCUAUAUAUUGAGAAACAGGUGAAGAGAUGCUAUCGGCUGAAUUAUAAAUAAGUUAAAAUGAUCAUCUUUUGACUUGGUGUUUACAAUAAAAAUAUAUGUCUUUAUACCGUGGGUUAUGCUGAGUGUACAGUGGUGGCUGCGUAUAUGUGCCGGGUUUGUUUUCAAGGGGAACAGUCGCAGUUCUGUUCCAUUAAAUAUGUUUCCCCCCCCCCCCCGCUAUCUCGAUGUUGUCUGACUCACACGCCCUGGCACACGAUAUGAAGCUCUUUGCGGUAGCCCACUCAACUAGUCAGACGACGGCCGAUAGGGGAAAGCGUGCACUUAGAUCAAGGAUAAAAAAUACACAGCCAACAGACGGGACCUGUAAAGUCACUCAUGCAUGAAGUAUGAAUACAAAACUGUGACUCAUCGUAACAUGUCAACUCUGGCACAAAGGAGGUUUUUAAAAGCCUAAACAUAGGUUUAUGCAGAUUUUGCAUAUUGUGUUGCGCGAGUUGUGCAUACAGUGACAUCCUUUCAGUAAUUACAUUGUGCAAACGACAGAAAUUCAGAAAGCCGUUGUUAAUGAUGCAUCCAGUUAUUAAUAUUUAAUAUCCAGUCUUGUCCGGUGUGACGCUUAGAAGAAAACACUGUCUCCUGAAAGCAGAACCAAACCUCGAAUGGCAAUGAAAGCUAAAUCAGCAGCGGUACGGUUGCUUCUGAAUAUGUUGCAUUUAUUAUGAAAGAAAGGAAGCCUCCUACAGAUAUAUUAAUCUUUGGGUUGCGAGACGUUUUGCCAGAACUAACUCACCUUGUGUAUGUAUGACUAUUUGCACAAUGUUAAUUUAUAAUUGGUAAACUGUGUGUGUAUAUAUAUAUAAAUAUAUAUGACUGUGUUAAACAGGUAAUUGAUUUAAUUGAUGUCAAUAUUGUACUUGCGUGUAUGUAUAUUUUUUCAGGUGGGUAUGAAUGAGUGCAGUUUCAGUAUUCCAGAUGUGUGGAUGUUGGAUGAACCAUCGGCUGCAGUCAGUUCAGCGAUCGGUUGAUAUGAACCAGUACAACUGGGUUCACGCAGAGCACAGAGGUCUAGCAUAUACAGUAUGGCAGCACAUGACAUUCCCAGAUGUCAUGCCUAUAUAAAGGUAUACGAGGACACAGACCUGGAUUUUAUGAUGGAAGCUACUCUCAGUCUAAUUUUUUUAGUUUCACAGCUUAGAGCACGACAGCGGCAUGUUCGUCAUCCAGAUAAAAGCGCUGUGCAUUUCCAUUUCAGCCAUCGAGUGUGUGAACAAAAAUUAAGAAAAGAAAUGAAAUAGCAGGCUAUUUUUCAUAAACGUCUGCUGAGGAUUGUAAUAGAGCAGUUAGACAUCCGAUACUCAGAACUGAGCUGGGAGCAUGAUGCACACACUGGCGCUGCUGUUGCCCACAGGCUAAUUUGACAGUGUUUUUCUCGCAGGAGAAAUGCUCCGAUACUGACACGGUAACAAAGGAAUGUUGUGCACCUUGAGUAAAAUUGUAUUCAGUCGAGUAUAUAUGUAUGGUCAAAGUGUAUUGCAAAUUUGAUUUCAAACUAAUACAUGUAUUUUAAGCUGUGACCAUAACUGUAUGUUUUUAAAGCCAGAAGUUUGGGCCACUCCCCUUUCUGGACUAAAGUGGUUCUGUGUGAAUGUAUUCGACAGGAGCCCAAAUCAGAACGCUCCCCUUUCAUUUCUAUUCAAAGGUGGUUCUGUCCACUACAUUCGCUGUGAGGAACCAAUCAGUAACGACUGGCCCGUGUUCAGGUGUAUGCUGUUCAUCAUAUAUUGUGUCCGUUUAUAACUUUGUCCAAAUGGUGAAAGAAUAAAUUACCAUGUAUGUGAAAGAGUAUUUUAACUUGACUGUCUCUUUUGUAUUGGUGCACAUUCAUAAUGUUUAAAUAAAAGAAGAUAAAGCAUG